AUGGCUUUGAUAGAUCAAAUGAUGGAUAACGGAUGUCGACCCAAUGAAGUUACCUAUGGUCCUAUUCUAAACAGAAUGGGUAAGUCAGGCGACACUGCCUUGGCCUUGGAUCUGCUCAGAAAGAUGGAAGCUAGAAAGGUCAAGCCUAAAGUAGUCACAUACAGUAUCAUUAUCGAUAGUCUUUGCAAAGACGGCAGCCUCGAAGAAGCACUCAGCCUUUUCAAUGAAAUGGAAACUAAAGGGAUCAAAGCAGAUGUCACUACCUACAACUCUCUCGUAGGAGGCUUUUGUAAUGCCGGUAGACAGGAUGAUGGGGCACAGUUGCUGAGGGAUAUGAUUACAAGGGGAAUCACCCCGAAUGUCAUCACUUUCAGUGCUUUGAUUGAUAGUUUCGUGAAAGAGGGAAAGCUUAAAGAAGCUAAAGAAUUGUACAAUGAGAUGAUCGCAAGAGGCAUACAUCCUGAUAACAUUACAUAUAAUUCUUUGAUAUAUGGGCUGUGCAACGAAAAGCGCUUAGGUGAAGCCAACCAGAUGAUGGACCUUAUGGUUAGAAACGGAUGUCAUCCGAGUACCGUGACUUAUAGUAUCCUUAUAAACGGAUACUGUAAGGCGAAACGGGUUGAUGAUGGGAUGAGACUAUUCCGCAAAAUGCCUCUGAGAGACGAUACAGUCACUUAUAAUGCUCUCGUCCAAGGCUUUUGUCAAUCAGGAAAACUUAAUGUCGCCAAAGAACUAUUCCAAGAGAUGGUCUCUAUUAGUGUACCACCCAGUGUUAUGACUUACGGUAUAUUGCUCGAUGGGUUGUGUGACAAUGGAGAACUAGACAAGGCACUGGAAAUACUUGAUCAAAUGCGCAAGUGUAAGAUGGAACUUGAUAUUGGUAUAUAUAAUAUCAUCAUUCACGGGAUGUGCAAUGCAAGCAUGGUCGACGAUGCUUGGGAUCUGUUUUGUAGCCUCUCCCUCAACAAAGGAGUGAAGCCUGAUGUCAAAACAUACACUAUAAUGAUUGGAGGAUUAUGUAAGAAAGGCUCACUCUCUGAAGCGGGCAUGUUGUUUAGGAAAAUGGGAGAGGAUGGGAUUGCGCCUAAUGAUUGUACGUACAACACACUAAUCCGAGCUCAGCUCAGAGGCAGUGACAUAAGCACUUCAGUUGAACUCAUUGAAGAAAUGAAGAGGUGUGGCUUCUCAGCAGAUGCUUCCACCAUAAAUAUUGUUAUGGAUAUGUUAUCGAGUGGUAGAUUGGACAGAAGCUUUCUAGACAUGCUUUCUUGAAUGCCUCAUCUCACUAUGAGGCAGCGGCUUUCGUGUUUACGAGUUAAUUGGGUUUAUUAGUUGAAACCAGUUUUUUUGUUGCGUAAAAGUACAACUGGAGUUUGUCAAGGGUUCAUUGUGGGUUCUCUGGUUUUGUCAGAGAUAUCAUAGGCAUUGCUUUGCUCUGUUUAUAGUUUACCAAAGGCUUCUUGGCUUAGGAAAGGUUUGGAAGAAUUGUCAAGUUAUUAUUAACCACAACUGAGCCAAACUUGCGAGAUUAGUGACUCCUUGGAAGUUGGAAGAGCUCCCAAAGUUUAAGAAUCUUCUUUAAACUGCAUCUUCUUUAAGCAAGUUCUUCUUUACUUGAGCUGCAUCUUUUCCUUUUGACUAUUUUCAUCUGCAUACUUUGCUUUCCUUGCAACGUUCUGAACAAAUCUGAGCAUUUGUUUUGGAGAUUGGCUUCCUGGUACAUGUGUGUGCACUGUGCAUUGAAAUGAAGUUUACAUGAUCUGUUUUAAAACCAGCUUAUUCCAUUACUGUCUAAAUGCCCUUCUCUUAGGUAGACUUGAAACAUAACAGUAAGACAUAUGUGUUGUGUUUAGCUGCAAUGAGCAUUGAUAUGAUGAAUGUUAUUGUCUUGUCCAUGACAUGUAUUAUUUUCUUCUCGAAUGUUGUUGGUGUUGAAGAAACUUUUCUCUGCUGAUUCAUUUCAGGUUUCUUGCUAAGUUAUAUGUUAGUGGCUUGAUGUUGCAGAACGAUUGCGUAAAGACCCGUUUUUGGCGGUUUACUGAGAUGUAACUAAACCCGGUUUUUAAUUAUAUAAACAAUAGCAAAAGUCUGAUUGGUUGUUAGAUGACCACAUCAUUAAUCUCAAUGAUGUUCCCAUGAAGAAUAUUAAUCACUUGAACUGGUUUGACCCAAAAAAGUUCACUUGUACUGGUUUUGUAUUUCUUAAAAAAAAUGGAACAUGGUUUGGAUAGUUGAUUAGCUAAUCACUUUCAGAUAUACUAGAUCUUUGUCUGUGUUACGUCCAGAUUAUGUAUUAAAAAACUUUUCUUCAAUGAUUUCAUUCGCUUUAUAUUUAAAUAGAGUUCUACAUAAUUUGAAAUCAAUAAACCGAAAAUGUCCACAACAUUAAAAGAUAGAAGUAGUUUUUUUCAAGUGUUAGAAAAAAGAGAUAGUUUUUUUUAUAUAUUGUUGUCUUGUUAAAUUUAAGGUAUGCUCUGCUCUUUUGUGUGUGUGUUUAUAUUGAUUCUGAGUAGUUUAAUUUGAUUCAUUUGGUUUUUUUAUGAAGCUGCUGAUAACAUCAAUGGGUAGGGUUGAAAGAAAAUAUUGUCCUUGUUGGUAAUGCAAUGAAUGAUACCGAGCACGUCCCAAAAUGAUACAGUCAGAUUAUAAUUAUAGUUUUGUAGACUAAUUUUUAUAUGUGCUAAUUGAUGAGAAAUGGACAUUUACUAAUUUAUAAACACAUAAGUUGAGAAACAAAUUAGGAAAAGUGAGAAAUUGAAGUAAUAAUUAGUCGUUUUACAUAUAAAUUUCAGUAUUUUGAUUCACC